AUGUCGUACACUCCCUCAGAAGACGAACUCCGGCAAAUCUACGUCGGCAAAGACAUCACCGACGUCGCCAAGCCAUGCGCCGUUCUCGACGCCGCCAUCAUCCGGCGAAACUGCGCGAAGAUGAUCCACGCCGUGAAGGCGCUGGACAUCGGGUUCCGCGCGCACGUCAAGACGCAUAAAACUACACAAAUCACCAAACUACAAAUGGGCUCAACCGAAGAGACAUUCGACGUGAACCUCGUCGUCUCAACGGUCAACGAGAUCCACCACCUGGUGCCCCUCCUCAAGGAAUUUCGCGCCAACGACCGCCGCGUGAACGUUCUGUACGGCAUCCCGCUGGUUCCGUCGCAGGUUCCGCGUCUGGCGCGUCUCGCACAGGAGCUCGGUGAAGACACUAUCACGCUGAUGCUCGAUCAUCCGGACCAGAUCGAAUUCCUGCGUCAAUUCCGCGCGCUGGCGGGAUUCCCAGCCUGCGUCUUUGUCAAGGUCGAUACGGGGUAUCAUCGCGCGGGACUUCCGCCGACGGGCCUGAACAAGGACGGUCUGUUGAAAAGACUGGCGCAGGCGGAGCGCGACGGCCACGCGCGCCUGCUGGGCGUGUAUUCGCACAGCAGCCUCAGCUAUGGUGGGAGUUCCCCCGAGGAGGCGAUGGGGUAUCUAGCGGCGGAGAUUGAAGGGUGUCGGGACGCGGUGCGUCAUCAUGUGGAGCUGUUGCCGGAGAGGGAGUUGGUGAUCAGCGUGGGUGCGACACCGCAGGCGGCUUCGGUGCGGAACCUCUUGCAAGGGCAGGGAGAGAUGUCGGCGGAGGCGCAGGCCCUAGGAGAGCUGCUGCGAGAGCUGCUGCGCAAUCCGUUGCCCGGCGCACGAGUGAAGGUUGAACUGCAUGCGGGCAACUACGCGGUGCUGGACAUGCAGCAGGUGGAAACGAACGCCGAGAUCAGAGGGAGUCCCGAGGAUGAGGUGGCACUGUCGGUGGUCGCGGAGGUCUGCAGCUUGUAUAAUAGCGGCGAGCGAGCACAGCCCGAGGCGCUCCUGGCGGCGGGGACGUUGGCUUUAGGCAGAGAGCCGUGUCAUAGCUAUCCCGGUUGGGGCGUGGUCGGGCAGUGGCGACGAGAGGCUGCGCAGUCUCGUCUGAUCCUGGCGCGCAUCAGCCAAGAACACUCAAUCUUGUCGUGGGAGACGGAGGGAGACGGGAUUUCGCACAUCCCGCUAAAGGUAGGCCAGGCUGUGCGGGUUUAUCCGAAUCAUUCGUGCGUGACGGGCGCCAUGUAUGGCUGGUAUCUGGUUGUAGACUCGGAUCUGGACGACAAGUCCAAGGUGGUAGACGUGUGGACGAGAGCGAGAGGAUAUAGCGCUCUACCAGCUUAG